AUGGCGCCCGACGGCGCGGACGCGCGCGAGGGUCGACGACCGGCGCGUCGGCCCGGGGUGAAGCCGGACGCGCGCGCCGGGAACGCGGGGGCGACGCGGCGCGCGCGCGCGCUGGAACGGCAGCGAGAGGGCAAGCGAGACGCGCUCGCGCUCGCGCGGACGCUCGCGCGCGUCGACGCGGGCGAGGGUGAACGCUCGCGCGCGCGUGAUCGAUCGUCGACGCGUGGGACGGGAGAUCGGGACGAGGGGUGGACGGGAGGAUGGACGGCGGAGGCGGAACGGGCGGGCGACGAAGACGUCGGGACGUGUCAGCCGGAGUGGAUGUGGGACGACGCCCCGGAGGAUUUACGGACGAAGUGGUUGGUGAAGAUACGUCCGAGAGGGACGCGGUGCUUGGUGGUGAGCGCGCGAGGGAAGACGAUCGCUCGGAGCGCGCGGGACGGGUCGACGCUUUCGACGUUUCAGAGCGGACUCCCGGGCGGGAGCGCGAGGACGACUCGGGGCCGGGCCGGGGAUUGUUUCUGCAUAUUAGAUUGCGUCUUUACCGGAGACGAGCGGGCGAGGCGGGAGGCGUCGAGCGUGAACGCGCCGUCGAGCUCGACGCCGAGCGGGGAGUAUCACGUAUUGGACGUCGUCGCCUGGAACGGGGCGUCCAUGUACGAUUGCGAGACGGAGUUUCGUUUCUAUUGGGCGAACGCGCGUCUGACGGAGGAGUGCGAUGCGUGCGAGACGACGAAUCCAGCGGUCGGGAGAGACUUUCGGUUCGUUCCGACGCCAUGGUACGAGUGCGAUUCCGAAGGCGUCACGCGAUGCUACUCGGACGGCGUGUCGCGAGCGCACGGGUACGAGAUCGAUGGGUUGUUGUUCUACCACAAAGAGGCGUCGUACGAAACGGGCGCGACGCCUCUGGUGCUUUUGUGGCGAGAUGCCAAGACGUCGGCGUUUUUCGACGUGGACGAGGGCGCGCCGACCGUGCUUGAUCGAGCGGGCGUGCGGCUCCCGGGAGAUGCCACUCGCGCACAAAUCAUCACCCUGAGCAAGUCCGCGGACGGAAAUUUCUUCGUCACGGGUGACGAUGAACCCGUCGUCAUCGCCGCGGUCCAAGCCGUCGCGCCCGCGUCCGAGUGCGUCGACCCACCGUCGGCGCUCGAGCCCGGUCGUUCGGCUCGAUUUCUGGUCGGCCCGGCGGGCUUCGACGUCGACGUCGAUACAGCCAUCGUACGCGCCGCCGACGUGCACUACCUCGGACCUAAACCGCCGUCGCGUCGUAAGAAGGUCGCUGAGCGCGCGGACGCGCUGUCAAAAAUUCUCUUCAACGCCCGCGCGCGGACGUCACCGCUCUCCAUCGAGCGUCUCGUCCGCGUCGCCGGCUUGGACGCCAUGGACAACGACGCCACGUGA